AUGAAAAACCAGUUCAGAGACGGGAAAACGGAACAAGCCAAUCAGUACAUUUCGGGGUCGUCAGGAGCCCCACCAGUUUUAUGCAAACGGCCGGUGUUGGUUCUUCAGAAUGAAGCACUUUAUCCUCAGCGGCGCUCCUACACGAGCGAGGACGAAGCCUGGAAGUCUUUCCUGGAAAACCCUCUCACUGCAGCCACCAAGGCGAUGAUGAGCAUCAACGGAGAUGAGGACAGUGCGGCCGCCCUGGGCCUGCUCUACGACUACUACAAGGUUCCGAGAGAAAGAAGGUCUUCGACAGCCAAGCCAGAGGUGGAGCACCCAGAGCCGGACCACAGCAAAAGGAACAGCAUUCCGGGUGUGACCGAGCAGCCCCUCAUUUCCUCUGGGGAAAACAGAGUGCAAGUCCUAAAGAAUGUGCCAUUUAACAUCGUCCUGCCCCACGGCAACCAGCUGGGCGUGGAUAAGAGAAGCCACCUCACGGCUCCCGAUACCACGGUCACCGUCUCCAUAGCAACGAUGCCCACCCACUCCAUCAAGACUGAGAUCCAGCCGCAUGGCUUUGCCGUGGGGAUCCCCCCUGCAGUGUACCACCCUGAGCCCACGGAGCGGGUGGUGGUCUUUGACCGCAACCUGAGCACUGACCAGUUCAGCUCUGGAGCGCAGCCCCCGAAUGCUCAGCGGAGGACUCCCGACUCCACCUUCUCCGAGACCUUUAAGGAAGGCGUGCAGGAGGUUUUCUUCCCCUCGGAUCUCAGUCUGCGGAUGCCUGGCAUGAAUUCAGAGGACUAUGUUUUUGACAGUGUUUCUGGGAACAACUUUGAAUAUACCCUGGAAGCUUCGAAAUCACUUCGGCAGAAGCCAGGAGACAGCACGAUGACAUACCUGAACAAAGGCCAGUUCUACCCUGUCACCCUGAAGGAGGCAAGCAGCAGCGAAGGAAUCCACCACCCCAUCAGCAAAGUUCGCAGCGUGAUCAUGGUGGUUUUCGGCGAAGACAAAAGCAGGGAAGACCAGCUCAGGCACUGGAAGUACUGGCACUCCCGGCAGCACACGGCCAAACAAAGGUGCAUUGACAUAGCUGACUACAAAGAAAGCUUCAACACCAUCAGUAACAUCGAGGAGCUUGCUUAUAAUGCCAUUUCUUUCACCUGGGACAUUAACGACGAAGCCAAGGUGUUCAUCUCUGUGAACUGCUUGAGCACGGACUUCUCUUCCCAGAAGGGCGUGAAGGGGUUGCCCCUGAACAUCCAAAUAGACACCUAUAGCUACAACAACCGCAGCAACAAGCCGGUGCACAGGGCCUACUGCCAGAUCAAAGUCUUCUGUGACAAGGGAGCUGAGCGGAAAAUCCGGGACGAAGAACGAAAGCAAAGCAAGAGAAAAGGCAAGUGCCCCGACCCCGGCUCCCAGCUGCAUGCCUUUUCGGAUGUUAAAGUGCCGCUGCUUCCCUCCCACAAACGCACGGACAUCACAGUGUUCAAGCCCUUCCUCGACCUCGAUACCCAGCCUGUCCUCUUCAUCCCCGACGUGCACUUUGCCAACCUGCAGCGGGGCACUCAUGUCCUUCCCAUUACCUCAGAUGAACUGGAGGGUGAAGGAUCUGCCUUGAAAAGAGGCCCAUACGGAGCAGAAGACGACUUUGCUGUCCCACCUUCUGCAAAGCUGUCCCGGAUAGAGGAGCCAAAGAGAGUGCUGCUCUACGUUCGGAAGGAGUCAGAGGAGGUCUUCGACGCCCUGAUGCUCAAGACUCCAUCUCUGAAGGGCUUGAUGGAAGCUAUCUCAGACAAAUAUGAUGUUCCUCAUGACAAGAUUGGGAAGAUAUUCAAGAAGUGUAAAAAGGGGAUCCUGGUGAACAUGGACGACAACAUCGUGAAGCACUACUCCAACGAGGACACCUUCCAGCUGCAGAUGGAGGAGGUGGGGGGCUCGUACAAACUCACCCUGACGGAGAUCUGAAGGCCAGCGGGCCCCGCUCCCCCUGAGCGAAAUGAAGGUGUUCCGUGGAUCUUACUGUCGGGCAGGCCACGGUGCACCAGUCAGCCUCCCUGCACGACAGGGGGUGUCCAGGGAAGGGGUUCCUUGCGAGUCGCAGGUGGACCCACAUUCGGCUUGGUGAUAGCAUUUACUAGAUCGCGUUGGCAUUUAUCAGAUGACAGAGAAAUCCGUGUACGUUGUGUUUGAACUUUCUGAUAUAUUUAGGCUUUAAAGUUUGUUUCAAAGUUGUUCCAAGAUGGAACAGACCCUUUGGAACAGACCCUCUGGGAACCUUUAGGAGAUCCGCACUAGUUAGCAGGAUAUGGGGGUCUCUUCCUUGUCUGCGCACCUGCGGGCCUGCUCGCUUUUGGAAGUCAGGAGGACCAGUAGGCUUAGCUUUAGGGAUUUUGUUCCUGCUUGAACUCAGUCCAACUCCAGCUGCCUCAGGGUGGUGGGAGUGGCACCCAGCGAGUGAAGGGGCCAGCCCUUUCUCCCUCAACCUCUCCCCCCUGCCCCCCCAUAAAUGUUUACUGCAACAGGGCACGGUACCGAAAUCUUUGCCACUUUCCGGGACACGUCAACUGCCUUUCUUAUGAAGAACUGAAAUGGGUUACAGUAUGAAAUCAGUUACGAUAAAGCUGCAUUGUAUAUAAGUGCAAUAUGUUUUUGAAGGUCCGUCUGUAAAUGUGUACAUACAUGUCUUAUAUAAAUACGUAAUAUAUAAAUGCGGUGUCUGUGUACAUACAGUGAAGAUAUGCAAUAAGACCUACCUGGGAGACUCUGGACAAAAGGUUAAGUUAUUUCUGGUAAUGUCCGCCCUGCAGAGUACGCUGCGCUCCUUGGGCCCGUGGAAAGCCUCUGUGUUUUCCCAAACGGAGCGGUCACCCCGCAGCACAGCAGUGGCAUCU